GUCAGCCAGUGGAAUGGUAGAUUUUCUUGGAGCCGCAUUAAGACCAGUGUGGAUGAGCCCUGUGAUGGCAAGCUCAGAAAGCCAUAGAGCCUUGGUUCUCAACCUGUGGGUCCCCAAGGGUUUUGGCCUUCAACUCCCAGAAAUCCUAACUGCUGGUAAAUUGUCUGGGAUUUUUGGGAGUUGUAGACCAAAACCUCUAGGGACCCACAGGCUGAGAACCACUGCCAUGGAGCUAGAAGGCCCCUUCAAUGCCAUCGCCUGUCAUGGAGGAACACCCAAUCAAAGCACUUCGGACAGAUGCCCUUCCAACCUCCGCUUAAAAAUCUCCAGAGGAGGAGACACACGCCCAGGGAGUGCAUCUUACAGAAAGGGAGUUCUUCCCAAUGUUUUGGGGGAUCUCUUUCUCCUGGAAUUGGAAUCCACGCAAAGCGGGCUCCCUGUAUCCCUUUUCCUUAAAGAGUGAGAGUGGGAGCAAGAGGAGGGAAGAGUCCUGAGUCAAGAGGGAGCCUUUCCCACCCGGGUGCCCUUUGGCGGGGUGGGGAUGCCCCCCUCUGCUUCCGGCGAAGGCGAGGCUGCAAGGAGGGGGAAAGCCAAGCACGGGCGAGGCUGGUGGGCUCGUUUUGGACUGGGAAAGGAAAGGAAAGGAAAGGAGGAGGUGUCGGUGUGGACGGCGUUGCGGUGCUCCCUGCUGCGGAGCGCCUCUUUUUGCUCCUCUCUUUCUCUCUCGGGCGGAGGGUGUCAUAUGACAUCCCACGUCAAAGAAGGGCGGGCCCAGCACCCGCGCGUGGAUUCCCCUUCGCGGAGAGAGAAAGCGAGAGAAGGAGUGCGCUUGGUUCGUGCUCCUCUCUUCCCUCCUCCUCCUCCUCCUCUUCCUCCCGCCCAGCAGCAUGCAGUCUCUCCGUCCCGACCAAGAUCAGAUGGAGCGAACUCAAUCAGAGGAUGCCAUGAUUCCCUUGGCCACGCAAUUUCCACUAUCAAUUAUUUAGCCAUUGGGAAAACAAACCCCCCUCUCCCAAAAAGAGAGAGAGAGAGAAAGAGGCAACCGAGGAGGUGGGCUGAGACUUGACUCACAAAGAGAGGGAGAGAAAUAUUUGGGGGAGUGAGUAGUGGAAGUGCUGGAUCUGGUUUGAAUGCCUGAAGUUCUGCACAUCCCUCCCCCUCGAGAAAUACAGCCACGAGGCGCCCUCCCAGGCGUCCCGCGCGCGGAUGGUAACUUUGGGCGAGUGGGCGCUUUAAAGGAGGCCAAGGAGGCGAACCGGAGAGCGCAAGUUCCACCAAGUGAAAAGAGUGAUGACCAUCCUUUUCCUUACUAUGGUUAUUUCAUACUUCAGUUGCAUGAAAGCUGCCCCAAUGAAAGAAGUUAGCCUCAGAGGACAAGGCAGCUUGGCUUAUCCUGGUCUUCGGACACAGGGAAACUUGGAGAACCUAGGUGGGCCUAAUGACGCCACACGGGGAUUGACAUCUUUGGCAGACACUUUUGAACAUGUCAUAGAGGAGCUCCUGGAUGAGCAGCAGCCUGUCCAGCCCAGCAAGGAAAACAAGGAUGCAGAUUUGUACUCGUCUCGGGUUAUGCUCAGCAGUCAAGUGCCUUUGGAGCCUCCACUGCUCUUUCUGCUUGAGGAGUAUAAAAAUUACUUGGAUGCUGCAAACAUGUCCAUGAGGGUCCGGCGUCACUCUGACCCUGCUCGCCGUGGAGAGCUGAGUGUGUGUGACAGUACAAGUGAAUGGGUGACAGCAGCUGAGAAAAAGACUGCGGUGGACAUGUCAGGGGCAACGGUUACUGUUCUGGAAAAAGUACCUGUACCCAAAGGCCAACUGAAGCAAUAUUUUUAUGAGACCAAAUGCAACUCAAAGGGUUACACGAAAGAGGGCUGCAGGGGCAUAGACAAGAGGUACUGGAAUUCCCAGUGCCGAACUACCCAGUCUUACGUGCGAGCUCUCACCAUGGAUAACAAAAAGAGAGUUGGAUGGCGGUUUAUAAGAAUAGACACUUCCUGUGUGUGUACACUGACCAUAAAAAGGGGAAGAUAGUGGAGUCAUGUUGUAUAGAUUAUAUUGAGACAAAAAUUUAUCUAUUUGUAUAUAUACAUAACAGGGUAAAUUAUUCAGUAAGAAAGAAAAUAAUUUUAUGGACUGCAUGUAUAAAUGAGGUUUAUACAGUACAGUGGUUCCACAAUCUAUUUAUUGAACAUAUCCAUGACCUAGAGGGGAACAAAAGGAGGAAAAAAAGAUAUCCAUUUGCGCACAACUUUGAGAAACAAAACAAAUUUGCAUUACAUUCCUCUAACAUUGUGGUUUGUUGCCAUUGCCAAGAAUUGAAAACGAUAAAAAAUUAAAAAAAUAAAAUUGCAUGCUGCUUAAAUUGUGAAUUGAUGAUAAACUGUCCUCUUUCAGAAAAAAAAUUGAACCAAAACAUUCCGUUUACAUUUUAGACAGUAAGUAUCUUUAUUCUUGUUAGUAUUAUAUCUGUUUACUGCUUUAAAAUUCUUCUGGUAGCGUUGGAAUUAAAACAAUGUCAAGGUGCUGUUGUCAUAGUUUUACUGUUGAUUUUUUUUUCUAAUUUUAAUUUUGAAAUUCCCACAUGGUUUUAAAAGAGGGGAGAACUCCCCAUCAUCACCGUAUAUGUUCUGGAUAAAACAAAUUUGGGGUUUUUUUGUAUGUUGUGAAGGUGUUUGCAAUAUCAAAUCAGACUACUGAAAAAAAUAAUAAAAAAAGAGGCAACUGAAAAAAAGGCAGUGUUGAUGUUCCUCCCAGUGCUCUUUCCUAGUCUGCAAGCAGCACUUUCAUGUUGGUCCAUGCAAUUCUGUGAUUAUUGCUUGAAAAGGCUUGCAUUUUGCUUGUUACAUGUUGGUUGUAAAUGGGUUAUCCCCAUUUCACCUUCCCCCUUUUGGGAAGGAAAUGAAUCACAGUGUCUUCAAAUACGUUUCCCGUUCUCCUAGGGUGUUGAGAACAAAGACAGUUGCAAGAGAGAGCCACCUACACAGGUGAUAUGCACCCAUUGGAUUUGGUGCCAGGUUGCAUUGAGCUUUCGACAAACACACCUCUUGAUGAGGACAGAGAAUUGCAUCCAUGUUAAGGGUCAGCGGCCAUGCAACUAGAACUGGAACAGGGGCAGAUAGGGUUUGUAUUUAUGGCUUAUUGGAAAUGCCACAGAAAAUUUCACAAGGGGAGAGGAUCGCACAAAGAUCAAAUUCCAUUUAAGGAAAUAUUUUGGGGGUGCCACAACAUUGUAAUGUAUGGAUCCAGCCCACUCCUUGUGGGUCUACAAUCAAUUGGUUUUUGGUGGCACCAAUUUCCAUUGAAUAUAGCCUUGCAGUGAAGCAGGAAAGGCUUUUAUGAUGAAUGAAAAUAUGUAGUGCCACUUGAUGCUCUUAUUGCAAAAGGAAUGCCUAGUAUGCCCUAGUUCUCAAAACACCUGCUACUUUCUGUACUUGAGAUAAUAUGAAAGAAUCCAGGCCUGAAGGAGUGGCUCUGGAAUCAGGUAGGCAGAGCCUUCUACCUCAAAACCCAACUACCUGUUGCAUCUAAAUAUGCCUGUAAAGGUCUACGUCUUUUGGAGGGGUAGCACACAAUAGCCUUAAUUCCUACAGGGAACAUAAUCCUGUAGAAACACAGUUUUUGUUUAAAAGUAAACCCUAGGAUGCAAUCCUGGCAUCAGUAGUAUGCACUUUAAUUAAAGCUGACUUCAGUGGGAUGCAUAUGUCAGUAACUGAGCACAGGACUGAAGAUUCAGGUGAAGGAUAAUUAUUGUCUACUCCAGCAUAACCUACAGCACAAAUAGAUAAUGGCUACACAAAGUCAUGACAGCAAGAAAUUAGCUUGGCCACAGAUGAAAUUGUUGAACUGCAACUCUCAGCAGCCCUGAGAGUCAAUGAUUCCCUCCCUUAUAAAGGUAUUUCUCACCCUUGUAAAGGUAGGCAUCCUAUGACCCAUGUAUAACAAUACACACAAUGUAAUUUUGCAAGGGGUAUUCACAUGCAUAUUUUAUAGUAAAGAUGCAUGCUUUCCUGGCUUUUAGAGUUUUGCUAGAAAGAUGAUUUUGGCUUGCUGUAGAAUGUAGUUUGUACAAACAGUUGUUGAGAUCUGUCUUCAUCUGGAUGUACCACUACAGAUGGAGUCUUCUUUUCCUUCUCCAUUGAUGUUCUGCCUACAAACUUAGUAUGUCAGACAAAACAUUAAACCAGAGCCCUCUUGAUGCAUCUAGUUUCCCUUGGGUCAUCUAGAAUAGUAGUUCUGAACCUGUGUCCCCCUAGGUGUUUUGGACUUCAGCUUCCAUAUCUUCCAGCAUUAUAGCUAAUUAUCAAAGAUGCUGGGAGCUGAGGUCCAAAACAUCUGGAGAUCCAGUUUGAGAACCACUUAUUUAAAGCAGUACAGUCCAGAGACUGGGUUACUGUUUAAUCUGCUGUUUCAACAAACUAAGCUAUGAAUAAAAAUAUGCUUCUUGGGUGAUAUAUGAGCAUUUUAAAGAUUUGUGGCUUUAGAUAUAUUUGAUUUUUUAGCCUUGGCAAUUCAAAUGUAUAUUAAUAAUUUACCUAUUGAAUUAAAUUAGCAAUGCAAAGUAGUCUACCUACUAUCAUUAAUACCCACCCCGUUGCAUGAUUAUCAAAACUAAUAUUUGACCAUGAACAAAAACUGAGAAUAUUGUUUAAAAGUUAAGAAUUCCAGGUUUAUGAUUGACCUCAAUUAUCUGAAGAACAAGGUUGGUUUGGGCUUGUUUUAAAAUGUGCCUACCAUCCUUGGACAUGUGUUCACUGUUAGAAUACACUGGCUCAAUUGAUCAUUGAAAGUGUGUGAAUAGAUACCAUUCCAUUAAUCAACUCUGUUUAUGUCAGGCAAAUAAAUAGUUCCCCUAAAAGAAAGCAGAUGUUGGUACUGUCCAGGAGACCCAACUAGCACUGAAUAAUCCUUACAGUCCAAGGACAAUUCCUUCUUUCAACUUUACCCCACAUCCCAGAAUAUCUUUUUCAAAAUGUUCAAAUACAUAUUUCAUACUGCUGUAAUCUAUAGGCAGAUUAAAAAAAAUCAAAGUUGCAUUAAUCCACAUUUGGAAUGGGAAAGAUUAUUUUAAGAUUAUGUUUUAAACAAAAGUUACUUUUGCUUGCACAUUUGAAAGUGGGAAUGGAGGUCAGGAAUUGCAAUCCCUCCCACAUUUUUUCUUAUGCUAAGAUAAAAGAUGAUGGUCCCUAUUUCAUUCAAAAUUAUAGCUAUUCCCCUGCUUUGUGAGUUGACGUUGCCUUCAAGUUGUCUAUGGCAACUACAUGAUUUUCACGGCAUUUUUUAGAUUAUACUCAGAGAUAGUUUGCCAUUGCCUUCUUCUUAAUAUAUUCUAACAACUGAUAUUUCUUGGUAAUUUUCUUUCCAAGUAUUGACCAGGGCUGAUCCUGCUUAGGUCCAAGAUCAUUAUGAAGGGUUGCAGAAAAUUGGAGAAAAGUUUUGUACCUUGAAUAGUUGUGUAGAAAAAAUAUUGUCAGCAUGUAUUGCUUGUUACCUGGUUGCAUGACAAACAACACCUGACAAAAUUCCUUCUGCUACACAAUCAAUAAAUAUACAGAAACCUACUCCACUUUUUAAUUUGGCAACCCUAAACAGCAGUCAUAUUCUCAAAGCACAUCUGUUGCUAUUAUAGGGAUGUCUUCUAACUCUCCUUCUAGCUGGGUCAAUAAUUUGUCUCUCAGUGGAAACCUAAAUUGGCCAACUAAAUUCCCACUAAUGUAUUGCAAUAGGACAUUAUUUAAAGUCAUGGAGACAACAGUUGAAUUAAAGGGAAAGUCUGAAAAGAAAAUGAUUAUAUUUCAUGUAUUGUGUAUCAUCCUGAUUUGGGCUGCACAAAUGAUUUCUGGAAUACAAGUAUAAUCCUCCUUCUGGAUUAAUAGUACAGCAAUGAAAGGAAGUUAGUUUACUAAGAUAUAAUGUCUUCCAGGACAGGAAGCAAUUAAAAAUAUUUUAGUACCUAUUAGAUAUCAAUUGGCUUUCAAGAAAUGUUUCCCUGAUGACCAUGAUGCAUUGGAUCCUUUUAUGGGUGACUACUUUGAAAUCCGUUAGACAGAACUAACUUAGAUUCCAUGAAUUUCCAUGGCUCUGUCAUCAGUAUGGCUAAAUCUGGAUAUCAAAUAGUGUGCAACAGAAUUGCUUAGGAAUGAUAAGACUUAGUCAGUGUUUUCCCUGAAAAAAAAAACACAAAAAGAAUCUUCAAUACAGACCAAAAAUAUUUCCUUCAAUACAGACCAAAAAUAAUGCAAAUUAAGACGCACCUCCUCCAAACAGGUAAUAGCCCGGUUUUAUGAACGGACUCACAGGUUUAUAGGUUACAGACUAAAGCUAAGUAUAAAGAUGUAGUUCAUAAACCUUUCGAUACAAAACAUGAAUAAAUAGUUGCAUUUUGCAAAUGUGCAAAGAAGAAAACAAGUACAGUUCCUUCUUUAGGUACAAGACUAUCAAAGAAAUCUGCUAUGCAACAAAUUAUUUUAUCACAAAUUAGUCCCCAAGAUAUUUGUAAUUUUUGUAAACCCAAACCAGCAUGAUUAUACUCCCCCAUAGUUCAAAAGCACUAUUGGACACACUUAGUGAUGCUAUGCCAAACCUACUCUUUAAAAAUAUGUGAUCACAGGCUUGGCAGUUUUAGUUGUACUGAAGUUUCAAAAAUGUCACUUGUUAAUUGAAGUUUUGCUGUGCUCUGUUUGUGGCAAAAGUAUUUCAUGCAUGUCAUUGGCCCUAAUGUUUUGUUUUUUAAAAAAGACCUCUUGCAAAUGUAAGUUAAUGUCUGUGGCCUUGUUCUCUCUUAUUCACUAUGUGUAACAAAUAUUUAUUGUAUAUUUAUAUAAUUUUAUGGGAUUUUUGGAAAAAAUGAAUCUGGCAUUAAAUCUUACAGGCAUCUGGUUCACAUUGUAAAUAUAAUUAAGCUAUAUUUAAGUGUAUUGAUUAACAUAUAAUAUAUGUUUAAAUAUAGAUUUUUAUGUUUUUUAAAUAUAUUUUCAAAAUAUAUAUAUAUAAAAACUCGGGGGUUUUGGGACCAUGUGACUUUUCUCUAAUUGUAAACCAAACAUGCGUUUUACAAUGAAGAUGUGUGUUCUUUUUUUCCCAAAACAAAAUCUACUUUUAUUUUAACAAUAAAAUCUUCUUGGUAAGGCA